UCUCCAUCCUGACUCCUGCUUCUCGUUCCAACCCUUCGACAGUUUGCGAGAUAGGAAGAGACUCUCUCUCAAGAAUUUGCGAGGGAGGAAGCAUGGCAGCACCAGCUACAGAAACUAUCAACAAGGGAGCGAAAGAGGUUGUGUCGAGCGUUUCUCAUCUUUUCCUGCUGCUGUUAUUCCUGUCGCCGUGGCCUCUUGUUUCAUCUCUCGACGUAAUUACCCAUCUUCCUGGAUUUGAUGGGCCCCUGCCGUUCUAUCUGGAAACCGGCUACGUGAAUGUGGAUGAAGCCAAUGAUGUGCAGCUUUUCUACUACUUCAUAAAGUCAGAGAGGGAGCCUAAGGAUGAUCCUCUACUAUUGUGGCUAACUGGAGGCCCGGGGUGUUCAGGUCUCUCUGGAUUAAUUUACGAGAUAGGUCCUCUAGAAUUUGAUGUAGACGGCUACACCGAAGGCCUUCUUCCCUCUUUGUUGUACAAGCCGACCAGCUGGACAAAGGUGUCUAGCAUCAUAUUUCUUGAUUCCCCAGUGGGCACUGGGUUCUCUUAUACAACCUGCAAGCAAGCUCUCAAAACUAGUGACAUAAAAUCAUCUGUAGAUGUCCAUACAUUUCUUAGAAAGUGGUAUGUUGAUCACCCAUCGUUCAUUGCAAAUCCUCUUUACAUCGCUGGAGAUUCGUAUUCUGGUUUCACUGUGCCGGUUGUUGCCCAGUACAUCGCAGAUGGAAAUGAAGCUGGAUAUGGGGUGCACUUAAACCUCAAGGGAUACCUCGUUGGCAACCCUUGUACGGACGCUAACUAUGAUGGCGAUGCAAUAGUCGCUUAUGCUCAUGGGUUUGGCUUCAUAUCCGACGAACUUUAUGAGUCAGCCAAGAAGAGUUGUGGAGGGAGAUAUCAGAAUCCUAGCAAUGCAGAGUGUGCAAGGUGGGUGGAUACAGUAAAACAGGAUCUCAGUGGGAUUAACGCUGCCCAGAUUCUGGAGCCUCAGUGCAGCUUCCCUGAAAGCCCGAAGCCCAACAUAAUCACUGCCGACAGGAGGAGGUUACUCGAAGCACUUUCCGAGCUCCCUACGUCGAACACUAAUGAUCCUUUGUGUCGGAAUUAUUGGUAUUUGCUCUCCCACGCCUGGGCAAACAAUGAUACUGUUCGACAGGCUCUCGGCAUCAGGGAGGGUUCAGUACAGAUUUGGUUGAGGUGCGACAUCGGCUUAAACAAUUAUACAUAUGACGUCCUAAGUUCUAUAAAGUAUCAUUUGUCUCUGACCAGCCGAGGUUACCGUGCUCUAGUAUACAGUGGUGACCAUGACUUGACUGUGCCAUUUUUGGGGACACAAGCGUGGAUAAGGUCUCUCAACUUCUCCAUUGUGGAUGACUGGCGGCCAUGGUCGGUGGAAGGCCAAGUUGCAGGAUUCACAAGGUCGUAUUCCAAUAAUCUCACGUUUGCAACCGUCAAAGGUGGUGGUCAUACGGCUCCAGAGUACCAGCCCAAGGAAUGCUUUGCGAUGGUCCAACGCUGGCUUUCGGGUGCUCCACUGUGACGAACACUUACAUGUGUAUCCAAAUUGUAACCACAACGUGAUCCGACUUUUACUUGUAACGAAGGGUUUAAGGAGGUGAUACAUAUCAUGGUUGAUUGCCAAAGUAUUUUACCUCUUCCGAAUCCUUCUUAUGCAUGUUUACGACAGUGGUAACUUCAAAUAUGAGGACUGAACAUUGGUGGUGGAGGAGAAUUGCACCAUGAAGUCAUUAGAACAUUGAAAGUUCUUUGCCACUGCUAGGAAAUCCUCCAGUGUCCAUCUCCAGUUGGUCAUCAAAUAUAUUGGUGGAGAGGAGACACCCGACUUCCUCA